AUGAAGUACAUCCACUCGAAGGAGACCCUCACCAUCCCCGACGGUGUCAAGGUCGACAUCAAGACCAGAAAUGUCACCGUCACUGGCCCCCGUGGUACCCUCGAGAAGUCGCUCCAGCACUUGGCUGUCUCCUUCUCGCACCCCGAGAAGAACAUCAUCGACAUUGAGAUGCACCACGGUGCCCGCAAGAACGUCGCCGCUCUCCGCACCGUCCGCACCAUCAUCUACAACAUGAUCGUUGGUGUCACCAAGGGCUACAAGUACAAGAUGCGCUACGUCUACGCCCAUUUCCCCAUCAACGUCAACCUCGAGAAGAACAACGAGACUGGCCGCAUGGAGGUUGAGAUCAGAAACUUCUUGGGUGAGAAGCUCGUCCGCCGCGUCGUCAUGGCCGACGGCGUCGAGGUUGAGGCUUCCAAGAACGUCAAGGAUGAGCUGCAGCUCACCGGCAACGACCUCGAGAAGGUCUCGCAAUCCGCUGCCGACAUCCAGCAGAUCUGCAGAGUCCGCAACAAGGAUAUCAGAAAGGUGCGCCUACCUCUACCUCCCAGCUGCGCGCCUUCGACGGCUGCUGCACAUCAACACAAUCUGGAACACGCCUGGCUAACAUAUACUACAGNNUUCUUGGACGGUCUCUACGUCUCGGAGCGUGGCAACAUUGUCGAGGACCUUUAA